AGGUUUUUACAUAAAAUUUAUAUUUUGUGAUAUUCUGUCUUUUGUGAAUCAAUGUUUCUCAUUUUAGUUAACAAUUGAUGACAUUUUUUUUCUAAAAUUUGAUAAAACCAAAAUAUUCUUGUUUUGUCAACCAAUCAAAAGCCAGAAAAAUGUUUGGAAGAGUCCAUUUUCAGCUGCAAACCAUAAAUGGGGGAGGAAUAAUCAGUGGCAUCGCGGCGAUGAGAGAUGAUGGUUGGCGUGUCGUAACCGAGCCUUUCGGACUUGGCACGCGUGGGCUGUUUUGGCAAGAAAAUUGUUAUAAACGUUUCAAGCCGCUGGAUCUCUUGAAAGCUUAAUCAGGAACCAUCAAAGGAAGACGCCCGGCUGAUGGCUCUAGUGCAGCCACUGGCGUCUGGCAAUGUGAUGACCAAUGGCAGCGCCUCCAACUGCUCCGGAGUGCCGGGAAAGGCGGCCGGCGCGGCGCUCGGCUGUGACGCCGCCGCCGCCGAGCAGCUGAGCUCGGACACACAGCAGGCGGCGGACCACAAAUCCGGCGCCGCCGCCGCAGGCGAGGCGGAGGAAGCGCCCGUGGAGGAGGAGGUGGACAUCACCAUCAACAAUGUGGUGUGCAGCUUCAGCGUGCGGUGUCACCUCGACCUGCGCUACAUCGCCAUGAACGGCGACAACGUCGAGUACCGACGCGAAAACGGGAUGGUAACAAUGAAGCUGCGCAAGCCGUACACCACCGCCUCGAUGUGGUCAUCGGGUAAAAUCACCUGCACGGGACUCACGUCCGAGCCAGCCGCUAAGGUGGCCGCCCGGCGGGUGGCGCGCUACCUCCAGAAGCGGCUGAACUAUCAGACGCGCUUCUGCAACUUCCGAGUGGUCAAUGUGCUGGGCACGUGCACUAUGCCGUUUGCCAUCAAGAUUGCCGACUUCUCGCAAAAGUAUCCCCGGCUGGCCUGCUAUGAGCCGGAACUGCACCCGGGCGUCACAUUCCGAAUCAAGGAGUUCAAGGCGACGCUCAAGGUGUUCUCCACCGGCAGUAUCACAGUCACAGCGCCGUCGGUGGCGGCCGUUCAGCGCGCCAUCGAGCACAUCUUCCCUCUGGUGAACGAGUUCCGCAAGGAGCGCACGGCCGCAGACCUGGCGGCGGUGGCCGCCUCGCGCGCUCGCCGCUACGGGUCGCGGGACUCGUCCGAAAGCGACCUGGACGACGACGACAGCGACAUUGACUAAGGGCCGGCCGCCCCCUGCUGCCGCCGCCGCCGCAGGCAGCGUCUAGUCAGCCGGCGGCGGGCGCGCCAACCGCCUCAGCCGAGCUACUCCUCCAGUUGUCCGACCGACGCCCGACCUCCCCGAUCCCGUGCGACGAGCGUGUGGGUUGUGACGUAAACUCAAAGACUGGUGAGAUCGAGGCGCCGGGAAUGGAAGGCCCUGUGUGUCGGUACUUAUUCGUCGCGACUUGACAGCGUGGUCAUCUUUGUCGUCACUUUGUCGCCGAGAGUGUAUCCUGAGGACGACCGUAGCGCAAAUGUAGCUCAAGUGGAGGCGACGGCCGGCCCCGGCACCCGGCGCACGAUCGAAUACGGUGUACUCAAUGCGCAGUGCGUUGGAUUGCGCGCAGGACCUCCGGCGCUGCUCCGCAUACGAUGUGCGGGUGUCUGCGUUUUAUUUCGCGCGCAAGUGGCCAUUGUGUGUGAAUAUCGAGUGAACUUUGAACUGGUGAGGCGUGAACGAAGCGUCGUCGACGCUCUUUUAGCGGAGUGGUGUGUCUUUUACCGUGUGCGUGUUUUCCAUUGGCCAGGUGCCUCGCUGGGACAGCCGAACAGACUCGUGUCGCGAGGUUCCCUCCGCGGCCGCGCUCGGCUGUCUGCAGUGGCCAGGCGGGCUGUACAGAGUCCAGUGCCCGGUCGGCGGGGAGGGACGCCGUUUGUAAAUUGUAGGUACGCCCGCCGGCUGCCGACUGUGUGGACUCGACCUGUGACGCGACUGUGCGCACCCGUGCUCCGUACGGCUGCGUAACGCCGUGACGGUGCGUGCGCGGCGCGUGUGACUGCUGUGAUGACCCGACGGUGCCCCGAGGCAGGCCCGGCGCCGCCGCCGCCCGUCUGCGCCGCGUAGUAAAUUAUUGUUAGCAGGACGAGACUGCCGCGGCGACGACCGACGGACCGACCGGCGAGCGCACAACUCCAAUCUCGGCAAUGGCAAUAACAUCCCAGAGAGACGUUACCGUAACAAUACUAUGCCUGAACACACUCGAUUGGCUGUACCUACAGAGGGCCUUGGUCCCGCCUUUAAUCGCCGCAUUCAAAAUAAAGUCUGGUAUUAGUGAAA